AUGUAUUAUGUGAGUUUUUCGUAAUUUUCGAUUAAAAAUUUAUACAUGUCCAUUUUCAGGCGAAUCAAUGGCUUGGGAUAUGUUUGAAGCAAUGUGAUUUCUACGAAAAACUGCGACUGCUUGUCGGUACAAUCAAGUAAGUUUUUUGAAAGGCUUGGGGAAUUUUGAAGUCGAUUUGUUGAAAAUCUAAUAACAUUACGCUGUCGAGGAGGGUCGAUUUGAUAAAGUCAUUUAACAAUGGCAGACAAACUUUUAUUGGCGCUAGAUAUUGGAUUACAAAAUUGAACAUUUUCGGAAAAUUUUCACAAAAAUUGAUGAUUUUACCCAAUCUACCAUUCUGAACAACAUCUUACGUAACAAGGAAACCUUUUUUACUCAACACUUAAAAAGAUUAUUAAAUUUUGAGAAUAGCAAGCUUUUUGGAUGGGAAAACCGGUUCGGCUUUUAUUUUUCUCCCAAUCGACCUUGGAGCCAAAUUCUGAGCUCUCAAGAACUCAAAAAAGGCCUUACAUCCAUUUCAAAAAAUUUUUCGCCAGAAAAAGUUUCAAAUAUUGAUCAGCAUAGUCGGUUUAUUGAAACUUCAUCAAUAAAAAUCAUUUUUUCGAAAAAUUCUGAAUUUUUUUUCUUUUUCGGCUGAAACUUCAAACUCUACUCAUACUUUUUCAAAAAUCAAAAAGUUUUCUGAAACCUCAGUUUAUUCAUGCUUUUUGGAUAAAUCGACCAUGCUGAUUAUCUGCUACUCAGUUUUUUUCACAAAAAUCAAAGAAAUUUUAGUUAUGAUGACGAGCCAAUAUUGACAAUUUUUGAAAUUUUGAGAGUCCAGAACUUGGCUCGGAGGUCCAUUGGGAGACUAAACUUUUAGAGUGUUCUAAAAAAUUUUUUUGUAUUUUUGAAAAUUUUGAGGGUGAGGCUGUACUUUUGUGCAGGAAAGUGGGCUGUGACAUAACUAGAAUUGUCGGACUUGGAAAUCCCAAUUGUACAUAUUUGAAAGAUUCUCAAUUAGUUGCCUGCCAAAAUUGAUUUUUUUUUUAUUUUUAUUUUUUUUUUUUUUGACAAUUCAUGCAAACCCAUUUUUUCAUUAUCAAUUUUCAGGAAUCAACUAUCUCUAUGCUACAUCACUUCGCCACUUCAUGGCUUCUUCCGCUCAAUCGAAAUCAAGACUUCAAAACAGACCACAACAUUUUCAAUUGUUUAUUGUUCUGCUUAUUUUGUUAAUAAAUUGUCAAAUGAUUAG